AUGACCGAUGGAAACAGCUGUCAAUCUGAUUUGUCGGAAGACUCGGAACUAGCUGAAAAGGAUACCUUUGGAAAUGUUGCAAUUAAUAGUUUAGUUAGUGGAUUAGAAGAUGAUGAAAUAGACCCUCAAGAAAUGUUAAAUCGAAGAAAUUCACAAUUAUAUAUAAUGAACACAAUUUCGAACAGUAAAAGCAAGACAGGAAAUAUGUUCAGUAAGACUGCUUGGGAGACUUUGAAUAAAUCUGGUACAAGAUGGGCUAUUCGUAGCUUUCUACGUUUUGGAAGGUCGUCUUUUAUCUCAAGAUCAAUGAUGAAUAGUUUUGGUACUUAUUUGAUGGAUGCUAUUUGGUGGUUUGAAACUAACUUACCUGUUAUAGCUCUUACAAUUGACGAUGUACCUGGCCUAGACCCAGAAACUAACGAGAAUAUUCUUACUUUACUUGGAGAAUACAACAUUAAAUGCACUUUUUUUGUAACAGAAAGGAAUGCAAAAUAUAUUAAGAAUGCUGACCACUUUUUAAAAAGGUGUAUAUCUGAAGGGCAUGAACUGGGGAACCACUUGGCAAAAGAUAUUCCUACUAAUAAACUUCCUAUUUCAACUUUCACUAAACAUUUAUUAGAAUGCGAAUAUUUAAUUAGUAAAUACUGUCCAGAACACAUUUCCAGUAAUUCAUUUAUUAUUCCUCCAAUGCACAUGAACAAUAGAAGAACUUCUUCAGAUAGUCAGAUGACUACUCCAGAAGUAUCUUUGUCACCUUCCUUAUCUUCUUUUUCCUCCUCUUAUUCAUCAAUGGUUACAUCCUCUUCUACAAUUUUACAAGAAGAUCAACAAAUAUCAAACAAUAAUCCAGAGAUAAAUCAUAAUAAUGUGGCUCAAGAGGAGCAGUGUAGAAAAUAUAAAUGGUUCAGACCACCCUUUGGGAGACUUACUAAACAACAAUACGAACUGGUUGUAUCUAGAGGUUACAAUGUUGUAAUGUGUGAUGUAUACCCAAAUGAUGUCUCAUUUCAAGGAUUCCCACAAUUUCUUGCUCAGUUUUGUACCAGUAACUCUUCUCCAGGUUCUAUUGUUUGCUUACACAUUCCUUCCAAUAGUUUCAGAUCAGCUAAUAUUGAAGUUCUAAAACUAAUGCUUCCAGAAUUAUCCAGAAAGUUCAAAUGUGUAACUCUAUCUCAAUUAGCAGAACGAGUUUACAGAGAGCAGAAUUCUAAUAGUCUAUAG